AGACCUGAAAGCGAACUUGACUCUCGCUCCUGGCCGAUGGAUUUGAAAGAGUUUGGCGAGGAGUCCGCCGAGGGACACGCCGGGGACCUGGACAGCGUGAAAGCGCUCACGGAGAAGCUGAAGUUGCAGACCCGCAGACCGUCCUAUCUGGAGUGGCAGGAGCGGCUUCAGAGUCGACCGUGGAAGGAGAGCUACUCAGCAGACAGCCCGGCUCCCGGAGGACAAGUCGCGUCCUUACCCGCUAUUUUGCGAAAUGAGGACUCGGAGCUGGUUGGGCGCAGCAUCUGUGGCUUUGACACUAUUGAUGAUGCUUUGGAGUUUCUGAGAAAAGAGCUGAGGGAGAUGCAGGUUCAGGACAACCGUCUGGCCCGUCAGCUGAUCCGCCUGCGCGGGGAGAUUCACCAGCUGAAAGUGGAGCAGGUGUGCGACCGCCACAAGGAGAUGCUGGACGAUGCAACCUACGAGCUGGAGGAGUGCGGAGAGGAAUCAGACCUGCUGUGUGACAUCCCCAUGAAGGCUGCCUUCGCUCUGUCCACCCCUCUGAAACACCUGGGCCUCACCAAGAUGAACAUCAACUCUAGGCGGUUCUCACUGUGUUGAAACCAAAACCCUUCAUUAAUGUUACUGAGCAUGUUCCCAUGGCUUCCUCUGUGUUUUGUGUGGGCACAGUAUAAGGGUUAUUUGGCUGCCAGCCACUGGUGCCAAGGGUGAAAAUGAAAAUAACUCUUAUGAUGUGCACACUGGCUUGACAUGCAUGAGGAAGCCUCUGUGUACAGACCUGGAGGGGAACACACCCUUAAUGCUGACAGAUCUUCCUGUUGGAUGGAGCCUGGGCUAAUCUACUGUUGACUGUUCUUUGCACGAUACAAUGUGAAUCAAAGCAGAUAAAUGAAGACUAAGAGCUAGACUGAAAUGUAAAGAAAUAAAUAUGUUACAUAUGUUAUACCAAGGUCAUUUGGUGUUGCAGAAAGAGAGUUGCACAUUGCCAAAGAAAUGCACAACAGUUUGGGUGGGGGGUGGGGGUCGUUUGAAGGGUUGGGAACCACCGCUUUACAUGACCAGUCAUAUUUUUCGUCAGAUAGAGACAACGUUACGAAACACUUUUCACUCCUCUCACGUUCCAGCAGAAUAUUCCAGCUGGUGAAGCCUUCGUCGGUGUACCAUCCUCACCGGUGUCCUCAGAGGAAGUGGGAGGUCACACUUUUAUACCUGUUCUUCCCAAAACCAAAAAUAUCUCUAUAUGCUAUAGAGAUAUAGCUAUAGCAGCGCAGUACCAGGACCCAGGAGGCUCUUCCCGAUGCAUUUUGUCUUCCAUUACCGUGUCCUGGAAGACUGCAGAGCACAGAUUCUAAGGCUGAACAGUGACCAAGUUUGUUGAGCUGCUCAGUUAAAUAGUUUACUAUAUAAGAAAUAAGAGUAAUAAAAUAUUUUUGUUUAGUGAUAUUUUACAUGUCUUGUAGUUGAUUUAAAUGUAAAAAAACCUAUUGACAUUUUUUAUUAUUGAUAUUGUUAAAUCACGCUACUGUACUAUGAAUGUUUAGACAUGGCAAAAGUCUAUAAAAGCAAAAUGCCUUAAAAUGUAAACUGCUAUUCUCUUGCACAUACAACACAAUAUUAAA